GGCCGCUCGUUCCCUGUCUCUGGGCACCAUGAGCAAGCUGCAGCUGGAGCGGGAGCGGCAGGAAGCUGCCGCCCUGGAGCGGCGGCGGCAGCAGGAGCUGCAGCGGCAGAGCCGCAUCUUCAACGCGCGACUUCGGACCAUAGGGAUUGAUAAAGAUGCGUUGGAUUCCCAGGUCAAGGACAGAAAAAUUCAAGAAGCAGCUGAAGAAGCACGAAAUGAACAGCUUGCUAAUGAAAUGAAGCGAAAUGACAAGAUCAUGUGUAUGUUAGAAGAAAAGCAGAAGAAUGAAAUCAGAAACAUAAACAAGGCUAUAAGUGAGUUUCAGAAGAAUUUUCAGAAGCCAGAAACAAGACGUGACUUUGACCUGUCUGAUCCACAAGCCCUGAAGAAGGACAAACCUGCCCGAGUGUCAGACCAUGAUCCUCGGUGUACUGUAUCGGGAUUGCAGAAGUUUAUGGGUGAAGACUUAAACUAUGAUCAGAGGACAAAACUUCAAAAGGAGCAGUUCAGAGAGUGGUCUCUCCAGCAACAGAGAGACUGGAAGAAUGCAUUAGCUGAGCAAAAAUACAAAGAUGAUCUUUAUGACAAGAGUAGGAUUGCACUUGACCAAAAGACUAUGGAACUGCAACGGAAGGAGGAAGAAAACAAGCGAGCUGCUUGUGCAGCUACUAAAGAUUUCAAUAGAACCCAGGCUGCUGAACUUGCUCAGAAAAUGAGGUGGGAAAAAUUUCAGAAAAUGAGAGAUGACAUGGAUGAAAUUUCCAACCUCCUUAGAGGGGAUUUACUUUCUGAGAACCCUGCACAAGCAAUCAGUUCCUUUGGGAGUCAUCGUGUGGUCACAGAUCGGUGGAAGGGAAUGAGCCAGGAUCAGUUGAUGGCAAUCCGUUCCUCUCAAAAGCAGCAGGUUCUGGACAAACAGAGACAAAAACAGGAAGAACUCCGAAGAGAUGCUGAAUGGGACAGGCAAAUUACACAGGCUGCAAGAGCCCAGUUGCUUUUAGAACGGCACCAGCAACGACUGAAUCGGGAGCGCCGCCAAGCUUUAGAUAGCAUAAACACAGAUCUAUCUCAGGAGCAGAAAUCCAAGAACAUUUACCUUAAAGAAGAAGAAUAUUCAAAUAUUCCAACAGAACAGUAUUUCGCACAGUUUAAUACAACCAGCCGAUGA